AGUAAAACUCAAAUCUCCAUCGACAUGCUUUGCUGUUUGUCGCCAUUUAUUACGUUGUUGCUAUCGCCAUGACCUUCGUCUGUUGCCUUCCGUGCAUUGCCAUCGUAUAGUCUAUCAUCAAACAUUGUGUAGAUUGAAUUCCAGAAAUUAAAAGAAGUUUUUUCAAAAUUAUAAUGAUUAAUGCAAAUCUUAGAAGAAUACAACAGAUCGACAUAAUAUUUAUAUUGACAUAAUAUUUUGUAUUGAGUUAUGCGGCAUGAUUUUUCUUAGACUGCACAUCUUUGUUUUCACCAAAUCAACGGGUCUGCAACUGUUUCUAAGUGUUUUCUUCGGUUUAAAGUGAUUUAAUUACACAAAAUUAGUGAUUUCGCUAUAAUUAUAAGGUUCAUAAUAUCUGGCAAAUGAGGUCACGUACGCUUAUCGUACCAUAUGCUAGUCAAGGUGCACGCAAAAACAAUAUCUUUUAAAGGGAAUCCAAUCCAUUAACGUCAAGGGUAUCCAUUUAACAGAAAGCAUGGAUUUUUCCAACGUCCUUAACCGCAGUGAGCCACAUCAACGCACUAUCAUUCACUUAGACAUGGACUGUUUUUAUGCACAAGUCGAAGAGAUACGUGAUCCCAGCCUGCGUAUUCGUCCACUUGGCAUACAGCAGAAAAACUUCGUAGUCACUUGUAAUUAUAUUGCCCGUGAAUUUGGUGUUAAAAAAUUAAUGGCUGUAGAGGAGGCACAACGUCUAUGUCCGACACUGACAUUAGUAAAUGGAGAGGAUUUAACACCCUAUAAGCAAAUGUCUCAACGUAUAUUUGAUGCACUUCUGACUUUCACACCAUUGGUGGAGAAACUGGGAUUAGAUGAAAAUUAUUUAGAUGUGUCUGCGCAAGUUUGUAGACGAAUUGAAAGUAAUAAUUAUAUACAGUCUGAGAAUUCAACAAUUUCCACUACUUCAUUCCCAAAAAUCGAGGGUCAUAUAUAUCCAGAUACCGGUGAUUUUAUGUCGAGCUGUAAUUGCGGUUGUGCUCAGCGACUAGCAGUUGGUUCACAAAUCGCCAAGGAAAUACGUUUGGCAUUGCUUGAGCAACUGAAUGUCACUUGCUGUGCUGGUAUAUCAUACAAUAAAUUAUUGGCUAAAUUAGUAGGAUCUCAACAUAAACCAAACCAACAGACAGUUCUCUGUUCUGACUAUGCGGAGCAGUUUAUGCGAGAUUUAAAUGGCUUGCAUAAAGUUACUGGCAUAGGACAAAAAACUGAAUCCCUACUUUUGGAAAGUGGCAUUGCUAAUAUUACCGAGUUGCAAAACUGUAAUAUGGAUACGUUACGAAAAAAAUGUGGAUUUGAAACUGCUACGAGGUUAAAAGAACUGGCGUAUGGUAAGGAUACGAGUUCGGUACGUGCAUCGGGGAAACCAAAAACUAUUGGUCUUGAAGAUUCAUGUCGUCCGAUUUCCGUUCGCACCGAAGUUGAAGAACGUUUCCGUUUACUGCUAUUGCGUUUAUUAGAACAGGUGGCAGAAGAUGGUCGUAUACCAAUUGCAAUAAAAGUAGUUUUACGUAAAUUCGAUUCUCAGAAGAAGACCAGUCAUCGUGAAACGAAGCAAGUAAACAUUUUGCCCUCACUCUUUAGAUCACUGCCAUGCUCUGAAAGUGGUGGACCAAAGGUUGUCCUUGCUGAAGGCGCUCAAGAAAAGUUACUAAAGAUUAUACUACGGCUGUUCGAAAGAGUCGUUGAUCUUACAAAACCUUUUAACAUUACGCUUAUCGGUCUAGCGUUUUCAAAGUUUCAACAACGCAAACUUGGCUCGUCUUCGAUUGCCAACUUUCUAAUAAAGAAAACCGAUCUAGAAGUGCAGUCCAUUACUUCGUUGACCAACACAGACGUACCCACGUCAUCUGAGAGUCCAACUGCAUCGAUAUCAUCAACGAAUAGUGAUGAAGCAUUCCGUUCAUCACCCACCACAUUUCAGCCCAGUGAUCAAUUCUAUCGUAGACGUGCAACCGCAGCUUCGCCUAUACCCAUGCUGGUCGACAAUGGAUCUGAAUCUGCGGCAACCAAUUCAGACUUUUCUGAUUUCUCUGAAACCGAAGUUGAACCUUCGCCUAAAAAGAGUCGCAUCGGUCGCCUACUAAUGGCAAAACGUCGCUGUCUGGGAAGUUCUGCAGUUUGCAGUUCUAACGACGCAGCUGAUGUUGCUUCGCCAAGUAAGUUGCGUGUUUGUGAUCUGCGAUUAAACUCACGUGACAGCGAAAAAGAUUUUGUAACGAGCCCAACAAACGGUCCUACAAGUACCAGCAGUUCUCUUGCUGUUGCAUCUACAUCCACAUCUGCAAUGGCAUCGUUUAUAUCUCUCCAACGUUUUCGUACAGUUCAACCACCCGCCACACUACUUACGAAGGUUAACCGAGUUUCAGUGGGAAAUCGGAAUUUCACUACACAACGUCAAAUUUCGUCUACGCCAUCAUCUACUACUUCAUCACCAUUACCGUCACCCAUGGAUGAAACAAUUAGUAACGCUAGUACACCAGCAAGUUGUGACAUCCCAGCAGGAAAACAAGAAGCUGAAUCUAUUACUUCUACAACUAGUUUGCCUUCAGAAUCCUUUGCUGAAUUAUCAACCACAUCCGAAGUAGUAUCCAUCACAACAACCACAAACACAACAACUAUCACGGGAAAUCUUUCCAAUAUACCAUGCCCCGCUGGUGUAGAUACGACCGUUUUCAAUGAGCUACCCUUUGAUGUUCAAAAUGAAUUGAUUGCCUCCUGGCGUACAUCUCUUGCUGCAGCAGCAGUUGCUGUUGCCAAUGGCAAUAUCAGACCAAACAGUAAUACCAUUUCGUCUGGUACACCACAUUCCGGUCAGGGGAGCAGCGCUGUAGCUGCUAAAGCUGGCGGUGUCGCGCCCACUGCAAAUGGUGGACAGAAAAAUACUUUAUAUCGGUAUUUUCUAAGGAAUAAGUGAUACUCUGUGCGGCUGCUAUAGCUAAACGCCAUUGGAAUGCAUUUAUUUAAUCAGAUUGGUUGAAUGUAUAUAUGUUUAAGGAAAUUAGUAUACCGAAGAAAAUGCACCAUCUGACCAUCAACUCAUACCAUAAACUUUUUAAGAAAAACUGUUUCCGUCAUUUAUUGUAAAACUGAACGAAAAUUUGUUAAAGCAAAAAAAUAUUAAUGCCAAAA